UGCGCUGACAGUUGGUCUGUUAGCUCUAAAACGGUUCAGGAGGAAGUCUGUGAGACCGAUUGCAGAAAUGAGCCUUCAGGUCUGCAACUGUUGUGGUUGGUCCAAAGUGACGACCUAUCAGGGCUUGAGGAUCCACCAAGGCAGAAUGGGAUGCACGCCGCAGGGUGUGAGGAUCACACAGCCUCAGCAGCAGUACAUCAGCGCUUUUGCAGGACAGGAAAAGGUUGAUCUGAGCUACAAGCUUGACCAGAGCAUGUUCAAAACAGAAAGUACAAAUUACUAUUCAGACAUGAGCCUCCAGAUCUGUCACUGUGGCUGGAAUAAAAUGACGAGUUAUCGUGGGCUGAGAAUCCACCAGGGGAGGAUGGGCUGCACACCGAAGGGGGCGGCGAUUCCAAAGGAAGAGCAGAAAUUCUGGAAGGAUUGCUGGAACCCACAAAAUUCCCCUCCAACACCAAGGAUAAAAAACUUCAACAACUCUUCAGCAGCAGUCAGGGUCAAAAAGCAACGGAACCCAACCUCUGAAAAUGCAACAAGAUCAAAGUCGCGCCGUUAUGUGGAGGAGCAUGCCAUGUUUUCAAAGAGACCAGAGGACUGCUGGAGCUCUGUGAGCUGUUAUAAUGACACAACAGCAGCCUCUAGAAUCAAGGAGGAGCCUGUUUCAUCUCCAGACGUGUCUCCUCAAAGAUCCCCAGAUCUUCACAAUGUAUCAUGGGGCAAGUUUGACAUCUCCUCACAUCACCUUCAGAUGAAACGUUUACCCAACAAGCUUCCAGCUGUUGUAUUUAUGGAAGCAGUCAUCCAUUCAGAGGAAGACUAUAGAUCUGUCAUCAGACUUCCAGCGACUCCGCCUGUAGUCCUGAACGACGAGAAAGAUUCACCAUUACCAGCAUCAGGGCAGGAGGCACCGAGAUCUCAGCUUCUGAAAGAAAUUCAGGAUUGUUUAGAAAAAUUAAGAAAGAAGAGAGAUGAGAGGAAGAGAAACGACAGCCUAUCAAACUCAGGUCAUGAGAAUGGGGCCAAGUCAUUAUGGAUCCAGACCUACUCAGAGUCUAAGGAGGAGAAAAAUACCUCUCCUUCGGCCAGACAGUCCUUGCUCAAGCAUUCCGAUGAAUCAAGAGCAGCAGCUGCUGAGCAGAUAAACCAUAUCGUCAGAAAACAUCCAAAAGCUCGACCUCCUAUUCUGCCUAAGAAAAAGAACCUACAUUCUUUCGCUGGAAAGCCAGAGAAAAAUACAAGAUCUUCAGUCAUCAUCAAUGGGGAAAUGGUUCAGUCAAAGAAGGACAGCAAGGAAGAUGAAGAGGUGCAGCUUCGGGCUCAAAGACCCCCUAUCGUCCCAACCCAGGAAACAAGAGUUCAACUGAAGGUGGAAGACAGGAAGGAGGAGAGUGCUACAGAAAUUACUUCUGACAUAACAGCAUCAAAGGAUUCACAGAAAAAGGAUGCACCUCCAUCAUCUGAAACAGCCAAGCAUGUCGUUUCCACCGGGAAUAAGGUGAAGGAGCUAGCUCAGAUGUUUUUGGGGAAGCAAACAGCAGUCGGGCCAAAGAUUAAACUCGGACAAGAGUGCAGACCGAAACAGACAUUACUGCACUCAAAAAGUUGUCUAACAGGAAAACAAACGGCAAAGGCAACCACAAUUUAUCAGGAACACAAAUCCUCAGCAGAUGAAGCCUCUCAGGACUCUGUUAUCGCUUCUGGUCCAAAGGUAAAGGAUCUGGCUCGGAUGUUUUCAACUAAGACCAUAUAGGCAUUGGUUUUCCAACUGAAGAUGAGAAAAGAAAAAGACUUAAGACAUUGGCUUAAUCGUCUGUUUCUCAAGAAAUAUCUGACAGUACUCAUAUUGUGGCUCUCUGUAAGACAGUUGUACACUGUUUCUGCUAAUAGUUUUCUAAUGUUCAGGUGUUUGCUGAAGCUCUCUUUAAAUAUCAGCCUGUUAGCUCUGUUUUGAUAGGCCUUGUUGUAUUAAGGGCAGUGGUUGGCUUCAGCUGCCUUGGUCCUUAUCCCUGCGCCCUGGGUGAGGUGGAAGUCUCAGCCUUUUUUCUAGCUUAACACCCUUGCUGUUUAUGUGUGUGGGUGUGUUUGUGAUGGGCUGGGGGUGAGUAUGAGUGUAGUUAUGUAUAGGUUGGAUUUUAUAUGUGAGAGGUAAUUUGA